AUGCCGAUGUGGCCCCGUGCCCUCGUUUACACAAAAGAGCUCAAAAAAGAAGAAAAACAGACAAUAAAAGAAAAGCGAAUAAAUCAACAGUCAUUUCACACUGAAAUCCUCCUCUCUUCAUUUCUUCUCUUCCUCUCCACUUUUCCAAUUUACGUCAAUGGAUCCGGUGUCCGACAGGUCCUUGUACCCGGGCAGAUUGUACUCGGUGGACUCUUUCCGAUUCACGAAGCCGGAAGGAAUGGAACUGGUUGUGGAAGGAUUAAGGCUGAACAAGGCUUGCAACGAAUGGCGGCCAUGUUGUACGCGGUUGAAGAUAUCAAUCGAAGGAGAGAGAUCCUGCCAGCCGCUUCUAUUGGAGCACAGAUCCUCGACACGUGCUCGGUUGACAGCUAUGCCUUGGAGCAAACGUUGGAGUUCAUCCGGGGUGCAAUGUCCCACGGAAGUGAGGUCGAGUGUCUUGAUGGAUCCCAGGCCACCUACAAAAAGCAAGCCGUGGCGGCGGUGAUUGGCGCUGCGAGCAGUCAAGUCUCGGUCAUGGUCGCCUCAAUGCUUCAAUUGUUUAAGAUUCCACAAGUCAGCUAUUCAUCGACAGGAGCCGAACUCUCGGAGAAAUCCCGUUUCGUUUACUUUUCUCGCGUCGUUCCACCCGAUAAUCUUCAAGCGACGGUGAUGGCAAAAGUGAUCAAGGAGCUUGAAUGGACGUAUGUGCACGCGAUUGCAGAUACUGGAUCGUAUGGAGAACGGGGAAUGGACUCGUUUAGAGCUGCCGCCACUGAAUUGGGCAUUUGUAUCGACGGAGAUGUGCACAAGAUAAGCAGACGAUGGAAUGAGAAAAAUUUCAAAGAUCUAAUCUGGCGAAUGUAUCGAACACAGAAAGCACGUGGGGUCGUCAUGUUUGUCGAUGAGGACAAUUUGAAGAAGAGAUCAGGAGCUUCC